AAGAUGGCGGCCAGUCUAUCGUUGCUGGAAGACAUGGUGGGGGUCGGUGACCUGGUCCUGCUGGACCCCCUGACCGAAGAGUCUCUGCUCAGCAACCUGCAGGAGAGAUUCAAGCAUGGAGAGAUCUAUACAUACAUCGGGAACGUGGUGGUGUCAGUGAACCCGUACCAGACUCUGCCCAUCUAUGGCCCUGAGCACGUGGCUCAGUAUCGCGAUUACAACUUCUACGAGCUGAAGCCGCACAUCUACGCUGUGGCCAACGAAGCUUACGAAUCGUUACGGAGUCGGGACCGAGACCAGUGUAUUCUCAUCACCGGGGAGAGCGGGGCCGGCAAGACCGAGGCCAGCAAGCUGGUGAUGUCGUUCGUGGCGGCCGUGUGCGGUCAGGGGGCCGAGGUGAACGUUGUGAAAGAGCAGCUGUUGCAGUCCAACCCCGUGCUCGAGGCUUUCGGCAACGCCAAGACCAUCCGCAACGACAACUCCUCCAGAUUUGGCAAGUACAUGGACAUUGAGUUCGACUUCAAGGGAGCUCCGCUGGGAGGUGUCAUCACUAAUUACCUGUUGGAGAAGUCUCGAGUGGUCAAGCACACGAAGGGCGAAAGAAACUUCCACAUCUUCUACCAGAUGCUGGCUGGAGCGGACGACUCCCUGCUGAAGACCCUGAAACUGGAGCGGGACAGCAGCGUCUACGGCUACCUGAACUACGAGGCGCGGGGCGCGGCCGCGGUGGACGAUGCAGCGUGCUUCGCGGUCGUGCAGCAGGCCAUGGGGACGAUCGGAAUGUCGGCGGCCGAGGUGCAGCAUGUGCUGGAGGUGGCUGCCGUUGUGCUGAAGCUGGGCAACGUGGCCCUGGGGGAGAACUUCCAGGCCAGCGGGAUGGCGGCCAGCAGUGUCUGCGACAGCACAGGAGUCCAGGAGAUUGGGUCACUGCUGGGUCUAGCACCACAGGUGCUGGAGAAAGCUCUCUGCUUCCGGACCGUGGAAACCAACAGGGAGACAGUGGCGACCACCCUGACCGUGGCCCAGGCCCACUAUGCUCGGGACGCCCUGGCCAAGAACAUCUACAGUCGCCUCUUUGACUGGGUGGUGGCCCGCAUUAACAAGAGCAUCAAGGUGGCCAGCGCAGAGAAAAGGAAGGUGAUGGGUGUCCUGGACAUCUACGGCUUUGAAAUCUUGAAGGACAACAGCUUCGAGCAGUUUGUGAUUAAUUACUGUAACGAGAAGCUGCAGCAGGCCUUUAUCGCGAUGACUCUGAAGGAAGAACAGGAGGAGUACGUGAGAGAGGGUAUCCCCUGGACGCCGGUGGACUACUUUGACAAUGCCAUCAUCUGCAACCUCAUCGAGAAUGGGCAGAAGGGCAUCUUGGCCAUGCUGGAUGAAGAGUGCCUGCGGCCAGGGACAGUCAGUGAUUCCACCUUCCUGGCCAAGCUCAACCAGCUGUUCCCCGCCCAUGGCCAUUACGAAAGCCGUGUCACCCAGAACGCCCGCCGGGUGCAGGACCCCAGCCUACCACUCAGCUCCUUCCGCAUUCACCACUACGCGGGCAAGGUGACAUACAACGUGGCUGGGUUUGUGGACAAAAACAAUGACCUGCUGUUCCGUGACCUGUCCCAAGCUAUGUGGAGGGCCCAGCACCCGCUGCUGCAGGGGAUGUUCCCCGAAGGGGACCCCAGGUGCCCCUCCCGCAAGCGUCCCCCUACAGCCGGCUCCCAGUUCAAGGCUUCUGUGGCCACCCUCAUGAAGAACCUGCACAGCAAGAACCCCAACUAUAUCAGGUGCAUCAAGCCCAACGAGCAGAAGCAGCCUUGCGUCUUCUCGGCGCAGCUGGUCGGGUCGCAAGCGCGCUACCUGGGGCUGCUGGAGAAUGUCCGUGUGCGGCGGGCCGGCUACGCCUCCCGCCAGCUCUACGGCCCCUUCCUGCAGCGCUACAGGAUGCUCAGCAGAGCCACCUGGCCCCGCUGGACCGGCCACCCCCGGGACGGGGUGGAAACGCUGCUGGAAGAGCUGAGUUUGCCCCCGGACGAAAUCGCUCUCGGUCGGACCAAAGUCUUCAUCCGCAGCCCCAAGACUCUUUUCCAUCUGGAGGAACGGCGUCGCUGGAGGUUGCAUGACCUGGCCAUCCUGAUCCAGGCAGCCUUCCGAGCCUGGCGCUGCCGCACCCACUACCAGCUCAUGCGGAAGAGUCAAAUUCUCAUCUCCUCCUGGUACCGUGGCAACACGCAAAAGAGACGCUACGGGCAGAUGCGGGCCUCCGUCAUACGGAUCCAAGCGUUCGUGCGAGGCUGGAAGGCUCGCAAGGAAUUUCGGAAAUACUUCCGUUCUGGGGCCUCCCUCACCCUGUCCAACUUCAUCUAUCGGAGAAUCGUGCAGAAAUACCUGAUGGGGCUCCAGAGGUCCCUUCCCUCCACCAAGGUGACUGACAACCAGUGGCCCCCAGUUCCCUAUGCCUUUCUCAAGAAAGCUGAUCAGGAACUGCGGAGAAUAUUCCAUCUGUGGCGGUGCAAGAAAUACCGGGACCAGCUCUCCCCGCAGCAGAAGAUGGUCCUGCAAGAGAAGCUGAGUGCCAGUCUGCUGUUCAAGGACAAGAAGGCGCUUUACCCCCAGAGCGUCCCCCAGCCCUUCCGUGGGGAUUACCUGGGGUUGCAACAGCAUCCCAAAUUGCAGCGUAUAAAAGGGGCAACCCCCGGGUCUGUGCUGGUGGCAGAAGCAGUGAGGAAGGUCAAUCGCAGGAGUGGCAAGCUGUCCCCGCGGAUCCUACUGCUAACAAAGAGCCACAUGAUCCUGGUCGACGCCAAGGGCUCUCAGCCCAAGACCGUCAUCAGCCUGGAGGACGUGGCCGGAGUCUCGCUCAGCAGCUUCAACGACGGGCUCUUCGGCCUGCAGCUCAGGGAGAUGUCAACCGCGUCCCCCAAGGGGGACCUCCUGUUGGUCAGCGACCACCUAAUCGAGCUCCUGACCCGGCUGAACGGCGCCAUGCAGCGCACCACCCAGCGGGACCUAACGUUCACUGUGGCGGAAGAGUUCCCCAUGCGAUUCAAAGCGGGCGCUAAAGUGAAGGUGAGCGUUGUCCAGCGUGCCAAUGGGCCAGCGGGAAGCCUAAGCUGCAAGAAGAAAGGGAGUAACCGGUUGGAGGUGACGGUGUCCUGAGCCGGGCCCGGCCCGGUACACCCUGCAUACGGCGGCCAAGUCUGGUGGGGAACCCCUCAGUCUCCUCCCUCCCUCCCUCCCUCCCCCACCCAUGCUCCCCUUUCUCUGCGCCCAGGCUGCUAGCCUACCUCCGGGGCUCCCGGUCUCCCGGGCCGGCUGCCUCCCUGUCCCCUGGCCUGCUGCCUUCCUGCCGGGCUAAGCGAGCCGCUCAGACUCCCCGCGGCGAAUCCAAGACCCAGGAGGGGGG